AUGGAGGUGUACACCGACCAGCUCGCAGUACUGUCUGUUGUCUGCUAUAACUGUAAUCAGCCUGGGCAUGUCCAGCGUAACUGCCCAGAGUUCAAGAAGAAGCAGAAGCCCCGUUUCAGUGGACCAGUAGUGUGCCACUUUUGUGAUCAGCUUGGUCAUGCAAAGCCAGCGUGCCCCGAGAGAAGGAAGUGGCGAGAAGCCAAGGCAGCAGAACGUGUGGCGGCUGCUGGUACGUCGCAUAGUAGCAGUGACAAGUGCCUGUGUGCGGUGUCCACUGAAGCUGCCCCCUUGCCGAGGAUCUAUGUGGACGUGGAGUCGGCCAAGCCGGAUGACUGGUGCCGUGGAGAGGCCAUGCUGGACACCGGGUCGGCUCGCACGCUAGUGUCGUCUGGCUUUAUACCUGCGGCUAAGAUGUGCAGCCAAGUGUCGGCGGUAAAGCAGGAGAAGCUCCUCGCCCUGGAUGGCGAAGCCCUGCCGAUUUCGGGGUCAAUUUCACUAACGAUUCGUCGCCUGGAUGGACCCGUAAAUUUGCCGCCUACCCGUGUUGUUGCGUUUGUAGUUCCUGAGCUGUCGGUUAUUAAUGCUGACCUGUUGCUGGGAUCUGACCUUGUCCGUGCCAUCGGUGGCGUCAGGUUGCAGUACUCUGAGUCAGGUGAUCUGCGGUCCGUGUUGUUUGGUUCGUCAACCGCCAGUGACCCUGAGCCUGUGUCGUCUGUCGUUAGUGAUGCUCUGCAGUCGCCGGAUCAGCACCCCUCUCGGCAUGUUAGCGUGGUGCAAGACGGUGAGGACGUGACACUAUCUGUCGAGGAUGGUCAGAUAAAGUGGCUAGCAGCUGAGCAGUGUUGGCAGGCAGCAUGGAGGUGGAAGGACAACAAGCCACCUACCGGACGCAUCGGCAGCGGCAUUGGGGAGUACCCCCGGAAACUUAGUGAUGAUCAAGAGAAGCUGUUCCAGCAAGAAGUGGACUCCUGGAUCGGUAACGGAUGGCUCAUCGAGCAUGAUGAAGAGGUACACGGAGCUCCUGCUGCAAUUCUGCCAUGGCUUGCAGUCAGCCAGGAGCACAAGCCUACUACACCUGUUAGGCCUUGCCUCGACUACCGUGCGCUGAACCGUGCCCUCGUGUCUCAGCCCGGUAUGGAUGCCUCCGUGUGUGGCGAGAAGUUGCGUGAGUGGCGUACGCACGAUGCCAACGAGUAUGAGAUGUUGGAUAUUCGAAAGGCCUAUCUGAAAGUCCGUAUGUCACCUGAGUUGCUACGGUAUCAGUGCGUGAAAUGGAGGGGAAAGCUGUACGUGAUGACCCGCAUGACUUUCGGGUUAAGCGUUGCACCGAAGUUCAUGGACGUGAUAGUCAAGUGGUGCACGCGAGAUCAUGAUGGUGUUGACAAUUACGUUGACGAUCUGUACGUCCCGAAACCGCAGACAAAGGCUGUUGCGGAUACCCUCGAGCGCUAUGGCCUACGCACGAAGCCAGCCGAGCCCGCCAGUUCCGCCCGAGUACUUGGACUUCAGCUGUUCACUGGCCAAGAUGGUCAAACCCGUUGUAAGCGUCGAGACGGAGUGAGUCUCGAGUGUGGCAAGCUGACCAAGCGUGGUGUAUUCUCGUGCUUUCUGAAGCGCCUAGCAUGUCGUGAUGGUGGUGGUUGGGAUGAUGACAUCCCCAAUGAUGUGGUAACCUGUUGUGCCGAACUAGCAAGUCGCGUCCAAGAUAAGGAUCCGGCCACAGGCGUGUGGAAUGCGUCAGUGAACGAGCAGCAGCUCACCGUGUGGUGCGAUGCGUCUGAUGUCGCAUAUGGCAUUGUUGCCGAAGUUGGUGGUGAAGUCAUGGAGGACAAGUCUUGGCUUCGCGAUGCCGACGAGAAGAAGCAUAUCAACAUCGCAGAAUUGGAAGCAGUAAUCCGUGGGUUGUCGACGGCAGUCGAAUGGAACGCCAGCAACAUCCGUCUUGUCACUGAUUCCAAGACCGUGUACGGCUGGGUGAAGUCGUGCCUGAACAAUGAGCGGCGUGUCAAGGUGUCCGGUCUGAACGAAGUGUUGGUUCGCCGACGACUGAACAUCAUCGACGACAUUGUCGCGACCGCGAAGCUGUCCGUCACCAUUGAGUGGGUACCGUCCCAGCAGAACAAGGCUGACAAGCUGACGCGUGUCCCAGAUUUGUUCAUCCGCUGCUGGAAGAAUUCAGCCAAGCCAGAUGUAGUUGCUGCCGUCUCUGCACCCCCAAAGAUUGUGAGUGCUUUUGUGUUACAGGACAUUCUUGAUGCGCAGAAGCCUGAUCCUGUUGUUGUUAGUGUGAUUAAGUCUGUGCGUCAUGGUCGUGAGAUUUCCGACCCGGUAUUUAAGAAAUUGAAGUCUCAAUUGUCUGUAUCUGAUGAUGGUUACUUGUAUCGUAGUGUGAAGGUACCGCCAAAUGAUGUGCGUGUUGUACCAGUUGUGUCUCAGUCAUUGCAGCAGCGAGUGGUGUGUCGUGCCCAUGCUUGGGUCGAGGUUGUCCCAUUGGUUCGCCAUGAUGGUCCGUCUGUAGCAGCUGCGUUAUUCCCUGAUUAUUGGAAGGGCUGUGUUUGCUAG